AUAGUAUUGUGUGACCUGAGUUGAGUUUCAUCCUCCCAGAUCCAGUCCAGCGACACUCGCUUACGCCUAGAAUAUCAAUGUCAUAUUGUUGCAUAAUGUUGGUAACUUGUGCAGAUUUUGACACCUCAUACAUUGUACGGACAUUCCAGGCACCUACUUUGAUCUUACUUUUCGGCCUAAGGAGACUUGGUUUCUUUCUACUAACUUCCCUAGUUGGACUUUCAUUAGCAGAUGUCAUGCUGGUCAUGACUCAAGCCGUCCAUUAGACUGUUAACAGAGUUCCUAUAUAUGCUUGUUGACGUUUCUGUAACUUGGUUGAUUUUUCUAGGGUGGGGUAGUUAACCCAACACCUAACCUCCUCUCUGGUGGACCGGGUUUUCUUUUGGGUUUCCUUCGGGUAGAUGAUUGCAUUGACUGUGCUAACGGGUUGCAUCUACCCGGAUUUUCUGUCUGGGUUUCUUCUUUCCCAUAGCCUUUGGUUAACCAAAACCUUUCCACAAGGCAGUAGAACUAUUUAACCCAUAGCUGGGGACUAGGUUUGCAGGCACCAGGGCAUAUCCACACACCGGUGGGCCAUGCGUACCGUGCAUUUAGAGGCCUAGUCUCCUCCAAGACUCUGUGGUUCAGCUUUGAGGUCAUGCCCCAAACCCAUCUGCUACCUCGGGGAGGAUCCCAUAUCUGGGCCACAUAGGUCUUACUGUGGAGUGACUAUACCUGGCAGAUGUCCAGCAGUUGACCAAGUUGACACAGAAAUAAACACAGUUACAAGUAGAAGAAUGUUUGGAUCAGGAAAGGAUAAGAUGUCCAGCAGUUGACCAAGUUUACUGAUUCCCACUCAAAUCCAACUUGUGGACUUUUGUAUGAUUUCUGGGACUGAUGCCAGCAUAUAGCCCAGAAGAUGAAGCUUUGGCCACCAAGCUUGUCACCUUUUUUCCACAGAACACUGAUGUGCCCACUCAUAAUGCCAUCAUUGCUGUGUUCAAUUCAAAAACAGGCAUUCCAGAAAUAAUCAUGGAUGGGGAAGUGAUUACCACAAUGAGAACUGCAGCUGUUUCAGCAGUGGCUACCCAGCAUCUGUGUGCCCCAAAUCCCCAGAUCCUGGCUGUUCUAGGGUCAGGAGUUCAGGCACGUUCUCACAUCCAGGCCUUGUCAUCCAUAAUGUCAUUUAAUAAAAUAAAGAUUUGGAGCAGAACAAGAAAAAAUGCAGACAUCUUAGCCGGGGAGGUUGAUGGAACAGCUUAUGAUAGUGCACAAGAAGCUGUAAAAGAUGCAGAUGUAAUCAUUACAGUUACUUCAUCAGAAAAACCUGUAUUGAAGAAGGAAUGGGUAAAACCUGGUGCUCAUAUCAAUGCUGUUGGUGCCUGUUGUCCUGACUGGCAGGAAAUUGACCCAGAUCUAGUCCGGUCCAGUGUGCUUUAUGUUGACAGUCGAGAUGCUGCUCUGAAGGAAAGUGGUGAUGUUAUAAUGGCAAAGGCAGAGAUUUUUGCUGAGCUUGGAGAAAUGCUCCUAGGAUUAAAAGAUGCAAAAGUUCAUGAGACGACAUUGUUCAAGUCACUGGGACUUGCCAUUGAAGAUGUUAUGUCUGCCAAACUGGUUCAGAAUCUGCUGAAAAAAACAUGAUGUGGACAAUUUUGAAGAAAAUAAGAAAUAUGUAAUCAGAACUAACUGGUGAAUGUGUACUACAGGCUUGUCUGAGUGUAGUUACAAUAUACCAGGACUGAUAAGUCAAAAUAAUGGAAAAUGUAUCUUUAAUGUUCUAGAUUAUUACAAAAUAUGGACAUUAUUGCAAAAUGAUACUUUUCUGUAUUACAACAAAUUAUUUCACUGUAAUUUACAACAAUAUACAAAGGUUGUAUGGUAACCAGCUUUAUUUUUAAUUAAAAAUGCAAACAUUUCA